CAGCAACAGCGAAGGAAACGCCUAUCAGCAGUCAUGGCUUCAACUUCACAUGCAGACUAUCCUCCCGAACUAUCUGCGGAAGAGCAGGAUUUCAUCUUCACGGAGCUCAAAGACUGGUCGAUAGCUCACGGCCUUGCGGUUCGCCCGGCUCCUUCCUUUGUUCAGCAAUCUCAGGAUCCUUCAGGUGUACUCGCAACAACAGCACCAGUCACAGUCUUUCCCAGCUUGUUCCCACGAAAAUGCUUCGAAGAUGGCCUUUCGAUACAAAAGGCCUACAAUGAACUGUACUCCGCCAUAGCACGAGACGAGCAAUGGCUGCAGGGCAUCGUGGAAGAGCUAGUCGACGUUGACGAUUUCGUCGCAAAGCUGUGGCAAACUCACUUGGCCGUGAAGAAAGAAGGCUAUAUCCAGGACAUAUCGCUUGGUCUUUUCCGUUCGGACUACAUGGUUCAUGGGGACCCGUCUAAGAGCAACUCAUCCCCUGGCUUGAAGCAAGUCGAGUUCAAUACCAUUGCGUCUUCAUUCGGUGGUUUGUCUUCGCAAGUGUCCGCAUUGCACAGAUACCUCCUCUCUCUUGGUGCAUACCCGUCAUCAACCUCUUCCAUCAUUAAGGCCGAUGCUCUUAGACAAAGCCAGUCCACAUCGCAGCUGGCAAAGGGACUCGCUGCUGGGCACAAGGCGUACGGUGAAUCCAAGACUAGGCGUCCCUUGUGUGUCCUGUUUGUCGUGCAAGAUCCAGAAAGGAAUGUUUUCGACCAGAGACAUCUGGAGUACGCAUUGCUGGAGCAAAAUGGUGUACGAUCGUUCCGAUUGCCUUUUGGGAAGAUCCUGGCACACACCAAGCUUGAUGGCGAUCGAACUUUGCUAUACAUUCCACCUCACUCUCCAUCAACAUCGUACGAGGUCACCACCAUCUACUUCCGGGCAGGAUACUCACCUGAUGACUACGUGAAGGAGGAGGACUGGGAAGCACGGUUACAUCUCGAGAAGAGCAGAGCUAUCAAGUGUCCAAGUGUGCUGACCCAACUUGCCGGGUGCAAGAAGGUUCAGCAAGUCCUGGCAACACCUCACUCACCGCAUCUCAAACGCUUCCUGCCUGACGACGAUGUUGCCUCGCGGCUGCUGAAGACCUUUGCUCCCAUCUACCCGCUUGACAAGAGCAACGCAGGUGAGGAAGCGAAGAAGCUUGCAAUUGAUCCAUCGUCAGCGGCUCGAUACGUCCUGAAACCCCAACGCGAAGGCGGUGGUAACAAUAUCUACCGUAAGGCAAUCCCUCCGUUCCUGCAAGAGCUUCCUGAGACACAAUGGCCGGCAUACAUCCUGAUGGAGAUGAUUGAGCCGCCGCCUCUGAGAAAUGCUAUCAUUCGCAAUGGAGUGCUGGAAAGCGGCGGCGUUAUAUGCGAGCUGGGCGUAUAUGGAGUGUGUCUCUGGCGAGAGGGCUCUGAAAAAGGGCAAAAGGGCGAGAUCUUGGAGAACUUUGAGGCAGGGUACCUUCUCCGCACGAAGGGAGACCAGAGCGAAGAAGGAGGCGUGGCCGCAGGGUUCGGAGCGGUAGACAGCUGCUGCUUGGUUGGGUAA